UGUAACAUCACGAUGGAACUACAACUUCUGGAUCACAAAAAGCUGCCCACCAAAUUGGUAGUGAACUUCGCAUGCGAUAUAUCGAAGGACGACCGUUUUUACAUAAUUGCCGAGACCGGUGUGUACAUAAUCGAAUUAAAAGGUAAACCGUUCAAUUCCUUUCCCAGUUUGUCGACCAGAAACGACUUCUUUAAAGCCACUGAUUAUCUUCCUUGUGAAAAUCUGGACAUCGAUUUGAACGCUUUCCUGUUGAACUUAUCCAGAACAGAAUUGUAUGAGACUGUGUGCCGGUUAGAGUUGUCUUCCAAUUUAGAGACACUGUUUGGCUCAUUAAACUCCGCAAUUGUGAGCACAGUAACGAAGGCUGAGUGGUCCCCAGUUGGUUUGGUUGAAGGUGAGAAAUGUGCAUUGGCUGUCCUCACCAACACCUACAGUUUGGAAAUUUAUGUUAAAAAUGUUAAUGAAAGUGAAGUGACUGAGUAUCAGUGUGUGGUAAAUGUAACAAAGGAAAUCAUUGAAUAUGUUAAACCUUCUUGGAGCUGUGCAAAUAAAUUGACUGCCACUUUGAGACUGAAAGAGCUGGAGAAAAGAGCUGAGUCUGUGUCUGCAUCAGUGUGUUGUUGGAGUUCAAUGUUCUCACAGGAUGAUAAACAGUUUUGCUGCUUGUUUGUUGGUCACCUAAAUGGAUUCAUAACUGCUGUAAGAAUAGGCAAAAUUAAUAAAUACAAAAUCGAGAAACCUUUUAUACAAGUUAUCGGACGAUUCCAGACAAAUUUAAGUCGUAUUACAGCCCUGCACUGGCUACAAACCAAAUCAUUAGGUGGAGAACUAACUAUAGGAGAUGUACAUGGAAAAGUACAUGUUUUGAAAGUAGAAGGCUUAAAUAAGGAGAAUAUUGUGUUUGAUGAUGAACAGCCGGUUUGGCAAGAGACUGAUAAUAUUGCAGUGGAUAAAAUUUUAGUAUAUGAACAUGAAAACAACACAUUUUUGAUAAUUGUUAAAGGCGCAUUUGUUAUAAUCAAUGCUAUCAAUGAUUCUGGUUUAAUUUUUGAUAGGAAAGCUGUACAUGUAGCCCACUUUUACGUCACAGGUGUUUAUUACUUUGGAAAUGGUGAACUUCAAGUUCUGUCGUUCACGGGACUUUUUAAAAGGUUAAAGGUCAUUGUUAGAUACAAUAAAAUUCACGUGGAAGAGAAAAUAGCUCAUGUGCCAGUGGAUUUUGUUAGGCAAAGGACACACGGUUUCGUUGCCUCUGCUAAUAACGUUUUAUAUGGAUUUGUUACUACUUCCUGCAGGAACAGGGACAUUGCCAAGAAAAGCUUCCAUGUGAACUUGUAUGUAUUUUAUAACACUGAAGUUGAUCCAUUCAAAUAUUUAUGGGAAAAAUCGGAAUCUUUAAAAAAUUGUUGGGACUGUUUUGAAGCUUUAAGAUUAAUAAGCUUCAAAGAAAAGAAAUUUCCUUGGUCCAGUUUAGAAACUAACCUAAACUAUGACAAACUAAAUUUACAUCAAUUAAAAAUCCUUAGAGUCAUAUCUAAAAUAUCAGAAACAGUCUACAACUCCAUACCAUUUGUAGAAGAGUACAAAAUCAAACCAUAUGUUAUUUUACAUUAUUUAGUAGACAUAAAGUUGGCGAUACACAGGAUUAAUAAACUCCUAACGUUACGUAAUAAUGGACAACAAUUAAGUAAAUUCCAAAUGCAGAGUAUUGAUGUUCAGAACAUGUUUCUUAAAGAAAUGGUUGUGCAAGACGUUUUGGCGAAAGCUAACGUUGGUGUUAACUUUAUUGACGAAAUUUACAAAAUUAUAAUCCUGGCCAAUGAAUUGAAAUAUCCAGGGAUGCCUCAGUGUCACUGGUGUGGACAAAAAAUUAUAGGGCCAACAUGUGUUCCACCACAUGCAGACAGUAGGUGCUCAAUAUCUAUGAUGCCUAUAUACAUGGUUCCAGGAUAUAAAUGUCCAUUUUGCAAAAGUCUAGUUCACAAAGAAAUGGAAAAUGAAUUAGAAGACCUCUUCUGUGUUUACUGUGAUGUACCUUUAGAAAAACGUUUUGUAUCGGUAGAGAACGCUAAUGACAUUGAUGUCAAUAUGGAACACAACACGGAAAGUGAAAAUGUGACGUCCGACUGUUUUGGUGAUUGUUUACAAGAAGAUUCCAUUGAGGAAGUGGUUGGAGAUGGCUGUUCAGAUAUUGUAUUGCUCAGUGACAGUGAGGAUGGUGACAGUGAUUUGAGGGUCGUAUAUGACAACAUGCAAAAAUUAGGAUUAACUGAUACAGAUGAAUAAAUAUUAUAUAAAAU